AUGGACAUAACAAGCAGCUGCAGCAGUGGCCGUGAGCGUCUUGGUCUGAGCUUCACGAUUGACUACCUCUUGUUCAACAAGGGCAGCAGAGGAAGUAGAGAGGAGGCCGUGACACAGAGGCCCACCGCUCAUUUGGCUCCCCAAGGGACUGCCAAGGACCAAAGUCCGAAAAACCCCGCAGACAGAGUCAACCUGAAACCGGAGACCCCGGAGGGAGAAUCCGAAAGGUCAGAAGAAGAGAACGAAGAGGGCGAGGGGAAAGAAGAUGGCGAGAAGGAGAGCAGCAGCUCAGAGAACCCUCAGGACAAGCCAACCCAGUCCUACAUCGCUCUGAUCUCCAUGGCAAUUCUGGCCUCGGAGGAAAAGAAGCUCUUGCUGUGUGAUAUCUACCAGUGGAUUAUGGAUCAUUACCCCUAUUUUAAGAAUAAGGACAAGAACUGGAAGAACAGUGUACGUCACAACCUCUCUCUGAACGAGUGCUUUAUCAAAGCUGGCCGCAGCGACAACGGCAAGGGCCACUUCUGGGCCAUCCACCCUGCCAACAUCCAAGACUUCUCCAAGGGGGACUACCACCGCCGACGUGCCCGCCGCAGGAUCCGCAGUGUCACCGGACAGCUCCCAUACCCCUUCCCUACUCUUUAUCCUGCUGUCCACCGCCCCAGAAGUGUCCAAUGCUGGUGCUGCCCGCCAGCCCACCAGCCCAUCGGCCACCCAGCCAGAAUAUACUGGAGCUGGGCUACAUUGCCUGUCCAUCGAGCCCCUACACUCCAUUCUUUUAUAUAA